UACUAGAAAAAAAAAAAUAAAAAAAAAAAAAAAUAAAUAAGAGCCAGACAAUACAACAUCAUCAACAUGCAAGCAGCUUUGUGCAUUGCCCCAACCAUUCUCCCCUUAAUGCCCUGCAAAGUCUUCUCCCAGCAAGCGAUUUCCCAACCAAAGCUCGGCAGUUCACUUGCUUCCCAUUGUCCCCCUCUCAAAGAAACUGCCGCUACCUAUGACACCUCUUCCACGUUUGAUUACAGUUCUGCCUUCUCUGUGUUUCCAGCGGAGGCAUGUGAGACAAUUGGUGGAGAUGCUUGUUUGGCAGAGAUGUACCCUGAAGUAAGGCUGCAACCAGAGGCCAGAAAUGAGAGGGCAAGAGCCUCGGAGGCCAUUGAAAGAGAUUACUUUGAGUACAAUGAAGCCAAGACUUUUUGACAGGGUUUUCAAGGCAGAAGCUUGCGACGAUCUUGGAGGAAUAUUCUGCGAGCGUGAGUAUCAGAGAGGAGUUUACUAGAUCAAGAAAGCAAAUAUUGUUCGGGCUCACUACUGGAAAAACGAUGCUUGAAAAAGUAAAUGAAUGGAUGUACAAUGGGAAGAAAGAAAAAGAAUGGAUAAAUAAGGCUUCCAUAAUAACUCCCUAUAAAUUGAAACUCAUCUUCGUCUUACAGUGAUCAAUGCCAUCAUUGGAUUUUUAUAACA